CGCUGAGACAAGACAGUUAUUAGGCAGCGCGGGGCAGCCGGCAUGGAGCUCGGGAGGCGAGGCAGACUCGCGCGCGCGGCGAUCCCGCCUUCUCGUCAGCGCAGCCCGCUUCCAGCCGCCGCUCUUUCCUGCUAGUUCCCUGUUCCUAGACGCCUCUCCUCACUCCAACCUCCGCAGUUCCCUCUCUCAAUGGAUUCCCUUCAGACCGCACAGAUGGUGAGCUUGUCCGCCGAGCUCGGCAGCAACAACUUGGAGCUGGCGGAGCCGGAGGAGCCGGCGGCAUCGAUGGCCGUAGGAGAGUCAGCCGCCCACUCGGAGAAGGUGACACCCGAGGGCUCCCAACCUCCCGGGGCUCAAGAGCCCGAGCAAAGCCAGCCUCUGGCGGCCUCGACGCCGCCGGAGUGCAAAGUCCUGCUCACGCAGGCGGAUGCCUUGGCAUCCCGGGGGCACCUUCGGGAAGCCCUCGAGGUGUACCGACAGCUCUCCGAGAGGCAGCAGCUCGUGGCGGAGCAGCUGGAGCAGCUAGUUCGCUGCCUGGCCGACAGUAUCCCGCAAGACGAGCUGAUGGCGCCAGCUCCUGCAGACCCGAGCGCCACUUCGAGCUGCUGCGCAGCGGCGCUGAAAAAGGCAGGGGAGGCCGCGGCCGUGGCCCCCGAGGUAUGGGAUGGCUUUAAGUGCAGGAAGUGUCACGGGUUCCUCUCCGACCCGGUGUCCCUGUGGUGCGGCCACACCUUUUGUAAACUGUGCCUGGAGCGCGGGCGAGCCGCCGAUAGGCGCUGCGCUCUGUGCGGGGUCAAGCUCUCCGCACUCAUGGUGGCCAGUGGGAGGGCACGCGGGCCGCGGCGCUCGGGGCCGCAGGCGCCACUGCAACUGCGAGUCAACGUGGUACUCAGCGGUCUCCUGGGCAAGUUGUUCCCGGGCCCCGCGCGAGCGUCGCAACUCCGGCACGAGGGCAACCGGCUGUACCGUGAGCGCCAGGUGGAGGCGGCUCUGCUCAAGUACAACGAGGCUGUUCGUCUAGCUCCAAAUGACCAUUUGCUUUAUAGCAAUCGGUCCCAAAUUUAUUUCACCUUGGAGUCUCAUGAGGAUGCACUGCAUGAUGCAGAAAUAGCAUGUAAACUACGGCCAAUGGGUUUUAAGGCACACUUCAGAAAAGCACAAGCUUUAGCCACCCUAGGCAAGGUGAAAGAAGCACUCAGAGAAUUUCUCUACUGUGUAUCCCUUGAUGGAAAGAACAAGAGAGCCAGAUCUGAAGCGCAAAGGCUUCUCUUUAGUUUCUUUUCACCAUCAGUCCCGGGGGAGUCUCAGGAACAUUCUCCCGAUAUCCUGAAGCUGUUGGCACCUCACCCUAGAUUAAAGGAACACGUAGAGUCAAUGGCUACUGAAGGCACCAGCCAUAAUCUACCAAAGUUGUCACAGGAGAAUUCAGAGCUUCCCCAUUGUUCUAAUCAGGAGGGAGCAGCAGCUAGGGAAGAAAGCAGCAGCCUAGUGAACAUGGCUCAAGGAAAGGUGAGUAGAAAAGAAGACAGAGCGAAAAGUCAGGAAGAAGAGGAACAAGAUGCUGCCUCCGUCAGGACCGGCAAAUGCCUGGAAAAGAAGAGGAAUCGUUGCCAAAUUGAAACCCAAGAAGACACAGAAUUGCCUAAUAAAGUCUCCAAACAAGAUCUUCCUGCUGAGCAGGGGGCCAAACCGGAUCUCAGUAUUCCACUUGGAUCUUUUGAUGCAUCUGACCUUGAAUGCUCACUGUGUAUGAGAUUGUUCUAUGAGCCAGUCACAACACCUUGUGGGCACACCUUUUGCUUGAAAUGUCUUGAGAGAUGCCUGGAUCAUAAUGCAAAGUGUCCACUGUGCAAAGACGUUCUUUUACAGUGCUUGCCAUCAAGAAAAUACAGCAAGAAUGUAAUAAUGGAAGAACUCAUAGCUAAGUUCCUACCAGAAGAACUCAAGGAACGAAGAAGGCUUUAUGAAGAAGAAAUGGAAGAGCUUUCUAACUUAAAUAAGAAUGUGCCCAUUUUCGUGUGUACCAUGGCCUAUCCCACCGUUCCUUGUCCCUUGCACAUCUUUGAGCCUUGUUACCGCCUGAUGAUUCGAAGAUGUAUUGAGACAGGCACAAAACAGUUUGGCAUGUGCCUUGGAGAUCCUGUCAAAGGGUUUGCAGAAUAUGGCUGCAUCUUGGAGAUCAGAAAUGUCCAAUUCUUUUCUGACGGCCGAUCAGUGGUUGACAGCAUAGGCAAGAGGCGCUUCAAAGUGCUCCAUCAGGGUCAACGGGAUGGCUACAACACUGCUGACAUUGAAUACAUUGAAGAUCAAAAGGUUCAGGGAGACGAUUGUGCUGAACUCGUGGGAUUGCAUAACUGUGUGUACGAGCAAGCGUCAUCAUGGUUUCAUUCACUCAAAACAUCGCUGAAGAAUCGGAUACUAAAUCACUUUGGCCCAAUGCCAGAGAAGGAUGAAGACCCCCAGGUCAAUCCGAAUGGUCCAGCCUGGUGCUGGUGGACACUGGCGGUUCUUCCCCUGGAAAGCAGAGCUCAGCUUCCCUUCCUAGCAAUGAGGUCCUUAAAGGAUAGACUGAAUGGUAUCCGGCGUAUCCUGGCCUUUAUAUCGAGAAACCAAAAUUAAUGGGUCUGGAUUGUGGAAGAGGAAUUUCCACCCUCUCCACUGCCCCAGGGCAAUGUUCUUGUAAACAUAGCUAAUUGUAAUAACACUUUAACAGAAGAAAGUACCGUAGAGAGAUGUUACUCUGCUUUAUGGCCACAAAGAAAAUAGAUAGAAAGACGCAAAGGAUGUGACCUGUUCAGCUUUCUGUCUUCAGAUGCUUUUUGACACUGUGCUAACACACUAGCAGCAGAAGUGUGGAAGAGGCCAAAACAUGUUGAUGUUUAGCAUCAUUUUUUUCUGAAAUUAAAAAGUAACUUGUCUUUCAUAGCUGAAUGAGUGUGUGGUUGAAAUAUUAAGCAGGGAUACUAAUGUUACUGCGUUCUUUCGCUGACUUGAGGUCGCGUUUCAAAUGGUUCAGGUUUUAUAGAGCAUUGUGUAAAAUAAUGUUCAUACUUCUUUCUCUUUUAAUAAUUUAUUUUUUGCACUACUGUAUCCUUUUUCUACAUGUACGUUUGUAACUAUUUAAGUGUACAUUAUUGGAAAGCCCAUUGCUUUAUUUAUUGAUGUGGCUGACUAUGUAUGUAGGGAGGAGAGCAGUACUAAUCACGUACAGUGCUCUUUCUUUACCCAGCUUUGGUUGAAUUAAUCCCAGUUCUUGGGCUUUUAUAUAGUUCAGGUAUGUUCUAGUGGACAGAGUUUAAAAGAACUUCAGAAUAAUUCUAAAGUAAUUCAUCGUCACAGCUUCUACUUUUUCCCGUUUGAAUUAAGGGAUAGAAAAUACUUAAUCAAUUUGGCAUACAUUGUGGGCUAUCCCAAAGUAAAGUAAAAGAAUCCAUUUUCCAUGUGUACUACAUAAUAAGGUUGAAAGAAGUAUUCAAGAUCAGAGAGAUGAAUAACAGGUGUCUUUUUAUUACUAUUAUUUUAUUAUAGGUAUUUGUUUCAGGCAAUCUGAUUAGAAGAGUAUUAAUUUCUCCCCAGUACAGUUAGAGAAGAACUUAAUAUUUACCUGUUCUUUUCAUAGGUAAUGGCUUUCAGUUUGGCGUGCCUCUCCCAAAUCUUCUGAGUUCUGAAGUUUAAAACCUGUACUAACAUGUACUUAAAUACUUGAGAGACUAUUCCUUUCUUAAAGUGUGAAGAAACUAGAUAGGUUAGAACCCCUUUAAAUCACUGUAAAAGAUCCGAGAAUGAAUCCAUGGUUUUACGUAAACACUGCCUUCCCUCCUGGUAAUGAUGGACCAAAGAUUUCAAUUCAGGGGGAGAAAAGACAGUGAAGAGGAGGGAGUAAUGUUUCUGAGUUUACUUAGUGCUAGUCUGAGUCCUUCAGUCUCAGAGAAACCUGAAAAAUAGAGUGCAGGAGUGUUAAUAAUGGCAGAGGAGAAAAUGAGAGUCAUGAAAAGUGAAUUGUCAUUAUGUAAACUACUCCGGGUGAUUUUGGACUGCUAUGGUGUGUUAUUCACAUGUAGUCUCUUCACUCUGUUAACGAGAGAGAGAGAGAGAGAGAGAGAGAGAGAGAGAGAGAGAGAGAGAGAGCGCUUCAAGGAUCAGUCACGGUUCUUCUGUAACCACCAGACACAUGGAAUAAGUGGGGCUUGUGUGCGUGUGUGUGUGUGUGUGUGUGUGUGUGUGUGUGUGUGUGUGAGAGAGAGAGAGAGAGAGAGAGGGGGAGAGAGAGAGAGAGAGAGGUGGUCUCUAAAUACUAUAAAAGAGACUCAUGUAAACAGAAAACAACUUAUCACCGGCACUUGCUUAAUGGAGAUCGUGUUGUCAGAGCAUUGCCAGUUUUGAUGUUUGGAAUAAUCUGAGCUGGCGAAGAAUGAUGCAAGUGUACGGAAUGUAAAUACAGAAGCAGCUACUAUCCAAGUUAAGUCUAGAGGGCUCAGAGAACAGGAAAUUAAGAGGCUUUUUCCUGCCACCUGACGCCCAGCCAGCUAUAUGAUUGUAGCAAAGUCCUAGUAUGGUUGCUUCCUAUUCUAUAAUGCAAACACAACAAAGAAGAGCAAAAGCUUCUCCACUUACUAAAUGUGUUUGACAAGUAAUUUAACUUCUGUUGACUCCCAGUUUUCUUUCUUUUUUUUUUUAUUAACUUGAGUUAUUUCUUAUAUACAUUUCGAGUGUUAUUCCCUUUCCCGGUUUCCGGGCAAACAUCCCCCUCCCCCCUCCCCUUCUUUAUGGGUGUUCCCCUCCCCAUCCUCCCCCUCUUGCCGCCCUCCCCCCAACAAUCUAGUUCACUGGACUCCCAGUUUUCUUAUAUGAAAUGGUACUUGUGCUCACAUCAGCAGCACAUAUACUAACAAUGGAAUGAUACAGAGAAGAUUAGCAUGACCCCUUCACAAGGACAGAGAAGAUUAGCAUGACCCCUUCACAAGGACAGAGAAGAUUAGCAUGACCCCUUCACAAGGAUAGUAGGCAAAUUUGGGUAGUAGUCUAUAUAUUUCACUAAAAGAGGAAAUGGUUGUGAUAUUAAUGGCAUAUAAGCUUGUUAGGAACAUUAAAUGGGACAUGUCAGAAACUACUUAGCACAGUGCCUUGAUGACAUGGGAGAGAUUUGAUAAGCUAUUAUCAGCCACGUUGCAGAAUAUCAUCAAUGGCCUACAGUUACAUGAAACACAGCUUUUACUCGUAAUACUCAUUUGCAGCCACUGUAAGCUUGGUUUGGAAAAUCCAGACCACCAAUUCUUGGACCACAGCUUAACAGUUUGCAAGUGACUCCUAUUGGGAUUAAGACCAGCAAAAUAGAGCAGGGGGUACAUCUCAGCUACUAGUGUUUACCUGAAAUGCAUGGGGCACAGGAUUCUCUCUCCAGUACUGUUAAAAUAAAAGAAUUGUAAGGGAAAUGAAAAGACUGGAGAGAAAAUGAGGGUUAGAGGUAGGGACUAAUUUUUAGGCCAAGAAAAUUGUUCCCAUUUUAAUUAGGGCUAAAAAUAGUGUUAUUUUGGGUGACAUCUAGAAUUCUUGAUAGAAUGGAAGCCUUAAGUUCUGGAUCUGUAAGAAUAAACCAUCCCUCCCUGUUCUUCAUAGGUUGAGAAGGUCAACUAAAUAAUUAGAACAAUUAAAUUUCAGAACAAUUAGAUUUUUACCAUCUAUGGAUUUUGCCCAUAGCCAAUAGGAUUUCUUGCUGCUGCCCCAAAUGACAGGCUCUGCAAUGAUGUGUUGAAAACCUACCACGUACCUACUGGGUACUAAAGUGAGUGUGUGAUCUCACUCACCUGAGCACAUGAAAUACUCUUUAGAGAGCAUAGAUAGAUAGAUAGAUAGAUAGAUAGAUAGAUAGAUAGAUAGAUAGAUAGAUAGAUAGGAAACAGAGGCUCAGCAACUUUUAAGAACAUCCCUGUGUAACAUGUUCAGUGAGUGGCCAAGCUUGAUUCUGUACCACAAUGGAGCAGAUCUUUCAACGUUUCGAACGAUUUGUGUUACAUUUUACUCAAUAGAUAUGCCAAUCAAAUCACUAAACCCCCUAAGGGCUCAAAAUGAGAGGUUCCAGGUGAAGUAAAAUGAAACCAUCCAACACAUCUCUUACUAACCCAAAAUGUAGAAAAUGUAGUUUGGAUUAAUACAAUUCCUUUGAUAAGAGAAUACCCAAGAGCACAUGGAAAUCCUUCCACUUUGAGCCUGGAUCCAGCUUGGGUUGUUCUCAAGCCAGCUUGAGUUGCUGUAAUAGCAGGAAUUAGGAUACUAGGCUUUGAGAUACUAGGCUUUGACUUUCUCUCAGAUGUACAUAAGUGGGUUAAUCCAUUGAACUUGACCACUUUUAACACCGGCAGAUGGGUUCAGUUUCUAAGCUCAACCACAAGAUGUACAGAGAUCAAAGCUAUAUCUCAGCUGGAAGGACAAGAGUCCCCCAUGUACAUAUGCCACUUUCUUGGGUUACUUUUUCUAUAUUGAAUUCAUGUCUGACCCACACCUUGUAGAUUAUUUUUUCUGUGUGUGUGUGUGUGUGUGUGUGUGUGUGUGUGUGUGUGUGUGUGUGUGUGUGUGUGUAUCUGUGCGUGUGUAUGUGUAUAUCUGUGCGUGUGUGUAAACACAAAGAGACCCUAGGUAGCAAGCAGGUCUUAUGCCUUUCUGCUUCGUACUGUACUACUGCUGCUAGCUAAAAACCAGCAAAAUGUGGGAAGUGAAAAAUGAAGAGACCACUUUUCAGUGGAUCAUUUUAAGAAGGACAAUACUUGCUCCUCUUUUAGGAGAGCAGAGAACAAUUCCAAUACCUUGCCUUUUCUGAAGGCCAAGUGCUCCGAGUUCAGUGCCGCCUCAGUACCAGGGUGGAGUUGUGAUGGCACCUGCGGUGCUGCCAUCUCUGCCUGCGGAGCUGGCCUGGGUUCAGAUAAUCCCCUGUGAGUAGCCACAGAAGCCUCAGAACUCCCGUGGCUGGGUCACUGCACCCCUGUCAACAAGUCGUGUCCUGUUGAUAGACUGUGACCCCCUGGAGCCUGCAUUCCCUGUGCCAACUCGAUUUCCAACAUGUGAAUUUUAGCCAUAGAUUCAUUCUUGAGUUCCCAGCUUGGUGACUGUGUGUCCAUUUCUACUCAUCCAGGUAGAAAUGGGCAGGCUGUAAGCCCAUUCUUGGGUCCGAGGAAUGAGAUUUAGAUUCUGGAUAGAAGAGAGCUCUGUAAAGCAUACAGGGCAUACUUGGCUUUCUGACAUUUCUAAUGGUCAGAGAGCAGGAAUGGAAAGGAGCCAUGCACAAUGUACACAUUCAAUUCCUUUUAGAAUGAUAGGUCCCGCUCAGUCUACUGCUUAACUACUUAAUAAUCUGGGUUGUGCACAGCCAGCAAUGACAAACUUUUCACUUAGACGUGGGUGUUUUCCAAACAUGUUAAAGUAACCUCCUGAGAGAAGUGCCUGGAACCGCUGUUCCCGGUGUCAUUUUAUAGCUUUCUGCUUCAUGACUCUGUAGCAUUAAAACCUGUUUGCAGCCACAAAUGUGAUUAACAGAAGUUUACAAAGCAACACUGUACCUUACGCAUUCUCUUAAAAGUCUGUGGACAUUCAUCUAUUGCUCAAGCAAUGAUGACAACCAGUGAGAUAAAAAGAUAGUAAAUAGUUCAGCAUGGCACCACUGGCUGUUGUUAGUCUAAUUUCAUUGAUGUAUGCCGUGCUUUGUAAUGCCAGGAUUAAAACAUCAAGUCAGCCACUUAAACAGUGGCAAAUGUGUAUAUGUGUUUGGUUUCCAUUUGUUAAGCAGCCAUUUUAUUUUCCCAUGGUCAUGAGUUGAAGGGAAAUUAAGAUAACACUCCCUCCCCACCAAUGCUAUUCAACUACCUCUAUCUGCCUGAGUUUUUUUUAAGGGUUCCCUUCUUCUAAAUCUGCACAAAAUAGUUUCAGCUCAUCUACAUUGUACUCGCAAUGUGACAUAGACGGUCUCUGUGAAAAUUUGUUUGUUCAUUAAACACAAAUUUCCUGUUGUC